AUGCUGAGUUUCCUCUGCUUUUCCAAAUAUUCUACACAUCGCAGGAUCCACAAUAUUGUCAAUAUAAAAUCUGACAUAAUUUCGUUCUCAGAGCGUGUACUUGUGCAGCAAGAUUCUGUUUCUGUCUUCAAGUCUCCUUUCAUACACCAUAACCAUGUUUCUUUUCCUUCCUUCAAGAUUCCUUUCUUCCUCUGUGUCCAUAUUUUUAUUGCUUUCUACACAUCUCCUUUCUUCCUCCAUGCCCAUGUUUUUCUUUCAUCCUUCAAGUGUCCUUUCUUCCUCCUUUCCCAAUUUUUUUUCCUUCCAUCAAGUCUCCUUUCUUCCUCUAUGUUCAUAUUUCUCUUCAUUCUUUACAGUCUCCUUUCUUCCGCCAUGCCUAAAUUUUUAUUCCUUCCUUCAAGUCAUCUUUCUUCCUCCAUGCCCAUGUUUCUCUUCCCUCUUUCAAGUCUCCUUUCUUCAUCCAUGCCCAUAUUUCUAUUCCUUCUCCUUUCUUCCUCCAUGUUUCGCUUCCUUCCUUCGUCUCCUUUCUUCAUCCAUGUCCAUAUUUCUAUUCCUUCCUUCUCCUUUCUUCCUCCAUGUCCAUGUUUCACUUCCUUCAUUCAAGUCUCCUUUUUGGCUCCAUACCCUUGUUUUCAUUUUAUCAAUUUUCCCAUUACGCUCUUUUUGCAUAUCUAUAAUUACUUUCUCCUUCCAAACUCCUGUGUUACUUUCUAA